UUAAUAACAGCAGCGCUGCUUUGGUUGGGGCUUUGGGCGCUGGUCGGUCGGUCGGUCGUUCUAUGCUGCGGAUCGGUUUGCCCCGGCUGCAUUUAUUCGCAUUUGGCUCUUACGUACGUGGAGUUGCACGUCGGAGGAGCGGAUCAAAAACUGAAUAGAUAUAUCUGAGAGACUCGCCAUGAAUGUGGAGAAGCUGAAAAGGCUGCAAGCGCAGGUGCGCAUCGGUGGCAAAGGCACGCCCCGUCGCAAAAAGAAGGUCAUGCACCAGACGGCGGCCACCGAUGACAAGAAGCUGCAGAGCUCGUUGAAGAAGCUCUCGGUGAGCACUAUACCCGGCAUCGAGGAGGUCAACAUCAUCAAGGAUGACCUCACGGUCAUACACUUCAACAAUCCCAAGGCCCAGGCCUCGCUCUCAGCGAACACCUUUGCCGUCACGGGUCACGGCGAAACCAAGAAAGUUGUCGAAAUGCUGCCAGAGAUUCUGCCACAGCUCGGCCAGGAGACGGUUGUGCAGCUGCGCAUGUAUGCCAACUCCAUGUCCAACAAUCAAAAGUCCACUGAAAGCGGCACAGCGACAGCUCAGGCGGCCGACGAUGACGAUGAUGUGCCCGACUUGGUGGGCGACUUCGAUGAGGUGGCCAAGCAGGAGGCCGAAGCUGCGGGCAAGGAACAGCAGCCAAAGCCUGCCACAGAGAAGCCCCAGGAUGCAAAGAAGGCGAAUAAGCAAACACAGCAACCCAACAAACAGGAGCGGAAGAAGCAGCAACAGCAGCAACAGCAACAACAGCAACAGAAGCAGCAGCAGCAACAACAGCAACAGAAGCAGCAGCAACAACAGCAGCAGCAGCAACCACAACCGAAGCUCAACAAUACGAAUGAGAAGCCCAAGGAUAAACAGGACAAUAAGAAAGGCCAGCCCAAGAAGCAGGAGACAGCAGAAAAGAAGGACGAGCCGCAGAACAAUAAGCAAAAGAAUCAGUUGGAUGCUGCUAAGACGGAGGUCAAGCCAGCAGCCGUUGCUGUGGAUAAUCUAAAGGUUGAAGUGGAGAAAUCAACUCCUGAGCCAAAAAUUCAACCCGCUUCAGCACCGCAACCAGCUCCAGCUGCUGCUCCAGCUGCUGCUCCAGCUGCUGUUCCAGCUGCUGCUACAGCUGCCAAGACCAAUACAACGCCAACUAUGCAAACAUUAGCCCAGAUUGUAGCCGCCGAACCGCCCAAGCCUGUUGAAGAAAAAAAAGCUGAGCGCCUAGUUGAGCAGAAACCAGCGCCAGCUUCAGCAAAAACUGAUGUAAAGGCAGACGCCACCAAGCAGGAGCAGAAAACAGCUGCUGCACCGGAGCCUAAGCCAAAGGAAGCCAGCCCACAGCAGGCUGCUCCACCCAAGCAGUCACCGGCACCUACAAAGCAGAUUACGCCGCCAGCUGAGGCAAAAGCUCCAGUGGAGCAAUUGAAGCAACAGCCAGCUGCAGCCAAAGCGCCACAGGAAAAGAAAUCAGAAAGUAAGAAGGGGGCAGCUCCACCACAAGCUCAAAAACAAGCCAAGCCAGUGACGCCUCAACCGGCAAAGCAAGUGACGCCCCCAGCAACUCCUACUGCUGCUCCACCUGCAGCAGCUGCAGUGGUCUCUACUCCAACAUCAACAGCUGCAGUACCAGCUCCAGUAGGUUCAGCUAAUACUGUUCCCUUAGCAGUGCAGCCAGCAGCAUCUGCAGCUCCAGCUGCAACUCAAUCUACAGCAGCUCCAGCUCCAAAAGCAGCACCAUCAGCAGCUCCAACCCCAACAGUAGCAUCAUUAGCAGCUCUGACUCCAGCUCCAAUCGCAACACCACCAGCAUCUCUAGCUCCGGCUCCAGCUCAAGUAGUAGCACCAACAGCAGCAGCGCCUCUUACUGCUCCUGCCACAAUUGCUCCGACUGUUGCACCUGAACAAAAAACAGCAGCAGCUUCAGCAACUUCAGCAACAACAGUUGUCUCUACAGUAGCACCGGGACAGACACUAGCAGCAGCUCCAACUAUUCCCCCUGCAACAGUAGCUCCUGCUACUUCACCAGCAACAGCUGCUCCCCCAGCAUCUCCAGCUACUCAACCAGCAACUGCUGGUCCUACAGCUGCUCCAGCAACUCCACCAGCAACUGCUGGUCCUACAGCUGCUCCAACUACUCCACCAGCAACUGCUGGUCCUCCAUCUACUCCAGCAGCAACAGCUGCUCCCCCAGCAGCUCUAGCUACUCUACCAGCAACUGCUGGUCCUACAGCAGCUCCAGCUACUCCACCAGCAACAGUUGCUCCCUCAGCAGCUCCAGCUACUCCACCAGCAACAGCUGCUCCCCCAGUAGUUCCAGCUACUCCACCAGCAACAGCUGCUCCCUCAGCAGCUCCAGCUACUCCACCAGCAACAGCAGCUCCCACAGCAGCUCCAGCUACUUCACCAGUAGCUCCUGCACAAAAACAAGCAGCAGCACCCAAUAAUAAAAAGCAGGACGCAGCCCAAAAGCCCAAGCAGCAACAACAGCAGCAAGCAAAGCCUGGCCAAACACAUCAACAAGGUCAAAAGCAAUCACAAGCGAACUCGGGUGGCAACAAACCACAACAGCAGAAGCUACCACAACAAGCCAAGCCCGCGGUUGCACCCAAACCAGAAACUCAAGCUUCCAAGCCAGGUGGUGCAAAACCUAUAAAUGCUCAACAGCAGCAGCAGCAGCAGGGCAAGGGAAACAAGGCUUCGCCACCAAAACAGCAACCAGCUGGUUCUAAAACGAAUCCUCAACAACAGCAGCAAAAGGCUGGUGGACAGAACGAUGGCAAACCGAAGACGCCAGCAAACACGCCCAAUUCGCAGGCGUCGCCAUCGCCUAAAGCGGGUGCUUCGCCAAAGACGGCCUCCCCUAAAGCAGGCACACCAACGACCCCCACUGCAGCUCCUGGCGGUGGCGCCAACUAAAUAUGAUUUCAGUGCAUUUUCAAAAAUUAACGUUCGGCGAAGAUGAAGAAGCAGAAUGAUGGACAGUGUGCCGCAUAUGCAACUCUGCAACUUAUCGAUAAUGCCGAUGCGAUUUUAUUUUGUGACGAUUACAUUUUCUAUCGAAAAAUAAACAUUUUAAAACAAAAA